AUGCGAUGGAGAGGCCUUAGCAAUCGCCCACGUACCCGUACAGCUGUCAGCCUCGUUUCACACCUUCUGAAUCCAGCCUCGCCAUACGGCCCGAGGCCGUCAUCUUCUACCUCUUGGCCACCCUCCCCGACUCGUGGAGUCUCUGGACGCCUCGACGCUGUCCGGGUCCCCCUUGGAAGGACGGGCCUAGAGCCACCGCUACUCGAGCCCACCUUCCACCUCCUGGGCGAGACUUAUGUCCCCUACGAGGGACUGCAUACGCCAGGCUGCGGACGCGCUGCUCCGAGACUAGGCCGGGUUGGCGGCGUGGCCCGAGACGGGGCCGGCGCUGCUAGCCCUCCGGAAGCGCAGGUACCGGUUCGGCGUCGCGAUAACCUGCCCCGAGGAGCUGGGCUGCGCUGCAAUGCCGAGAACGCCGUAACCGCUGUGGCCAUGUCCGGCCGGAACUUCACAUUCCACAAAGCCGUCACGGCAAAAGAGGAUGCUUCUACAAGCACAUCCCGCAGGCGUGCCAGGCUCUCCUGGACGCUUCCAGACGGGAUAUGCCUCGGCGCCGACGAGGCGCCUUUUGUGGCCGGCAGCGCGAGUGAUGUGCAGGGCACCACCAACGCUGGCACGAGGGUCGUCUGA